AUGGGUUUCAUGAUCAGAAAGCCUGCCGGUGAGGAGGGAAAGACCCUCCCGGCCAUCUUGAUUGGUAUCUUCGUGGCAUUCGGAGGUAUUCUUUUCGGAUAUGAUACUGGUAGUAUCAACGGUAUUCUUGCCAUGGACUACUUCCAGAAUGAGUUUGGAACCGAAAGAAACUCCGAAGGAAACCUUGCUUUGACUUCUUCGCAGACCUCACUGGUUGUCUCUAUUCUUUCCGCUGGUACCUUCUUUGGUGCUCUUACUGCCUCCCCAGUUGGAGACAUGUUGGGUCGUCGUAUGGGUCUCAUUGCUGCCUGUGGUGUCUUCUCUGUCGGUGUUGCCUUCCAGGUUGCCUCUACUGCCAUCCCACUUAUGGUUGUUGGUCGUCUUCUCGCUGGUUUCGGUGUUGGUUUGGUUUCUGCUCUUGUGCCCAUGUACCAGUCCGAGACUUCACCAAAGUGGAUCAGAGGAACAAUUGUCGGUUGUUACCAAUUGGCUAUCACCAUCGGUCUUUUGUUGGCUGCCUGCGCCAACCAGGGCACCCACAACCGUAAUGACACCGGCUCCUACCGUAUUCCUCUCGCCAUCCAGUUCCUCUGGGCCAUCAUUCUCUCCAUCGGAAUGUUCAUCCUUCCCGAGACCCCCCGCUUCCUCAUCAAGAAGGACAACUACGAAGGUGCCGCCAGGUCGAUGAGCCGUCUCCGUUCUCUCCCCCCAGACCACCCCGCUAUUAUCGAGGAGCUUAAUGAGAUCAAGGCUAUUCACGAGUAUGAGAUGUCUCUUGGCCAGGCUACUUAUGCCGAUUGUUUCUCCCCGAAGAUGCUCAAGAGGCUUUUGACUGGAUGCGGUCUCCAGGCUCUUCAGCAGCUCACUGGUAUCAACUUCAUCUUCUACUACGGAACUCAGUUUUUCAAGAACACUGGUAUUGAGAAUGCCUUCUUGAUCGGUCUCAUCACCAACUUGGUCAACGUCGUCUCCACCAUUCCCGGUCUCUACCUUGUUGAGAGGCUUGGUCGUCGCCGUCUCCUUCUCCUGGGAGCCAUUGGAAUGUGUGUCUGCGAGUUCAUUGUCGCCAUUGUCGGUGUCACCGUCUUCACUGAUGUUGCCAACAAGGUCCUCAUUGCUUUCGUCUGCUUCUACAUCUUCUUCUUCGCCGUCUCUUGGGGUCCCGUCGCCUGGGUCGUUACUGGUGAGAUCUUCCCUCUCAAGGUCCGUGCCAAGUGUCUUUCCAUGACCACUGCCACCAACUGGCUCCUCAACUUCGCCAUCGGUUUCGCCACUCCCUACAUGGUUGACGAUGGUCCCGGUAACGCCAACAUGGGAGCAAAGGUGUUCUUCGUCUGGGGUGGAUGCUGCUUCUUCUGUAUCGCCUUCGUUUACCUCAUGAUCUACGAGACCAAGGGACUCUCCCUCGAGGAUGUCGACCAGAUGUAUGAGAAGGUUGACAAGGCCUGGCAGUCACGCGGCUUCCAGCCUGAGGUCAACUUUGGUGCCCACCACCAGAAGGAUGAGUUUGCUGGUGAUGUCAAGUCUGCUGAGGCGGCUCAUAUUGACCGUGCUUAA